GCGCGCGGCGGAAGUGGGUCACGUGACGCACCGCGCCGCGCCCCCAGCGCCAGCGACGUUGCUGGGAGGGAAGUUGGCCCCGCGGCAGCUGGGCUCGGCUGCUGUGCGGCGGUGGCGGGUCAGUUUGGAGCCGGUGGAGGCCGCCGCGGGGCUCCAGGAAGAUGUUACCGAGUACUUCAGUGAAUUCCCCAGUGCAGGGGAACGGGGUAUUGAGUUCCAGGGAUGCGGCCAGACACACAGCUGGAGCAAAACGCUACAAAUACCUGAGGAGGCUUUUUCGUUUCCGGCAGAUGGACUUUGAGUUUGCUGCCUGGCAGAUGCUCUACCUGUUCACUUCCCCACAGAGAGUUUAUAGAAACUUUCAUUACCGGAAGCAGACAAAGGAUCAGUGGGCCAGAGAUGACCCUGCUUUCUUGGUCCUGUUAAGUCUCUGGCUCUGUGUGUCCACUAUAGGAUUUGGCUUUGUGCUGGACAUGGGAUUUUUUGAGACGAUAAAGCUGCUCCUUUGGGUUGUAUUCAUAGACUGUGUAGGCGUCGGUCUUCUCAUAUCAACCUUAAUGUGGUUUAUCUCUAACAAGUAUUUAGUGAAACGGCAGAGCAGAGACCAUGAUGUGGAGUGGGGCUAUGCGUUUGAUGUGCAUCUGAACGCUUUUUACCCUCUCCUCGUCAUUCUGCAUUUUAUCCAGCUUUUUUUCAUCAACCAUGUCAUCCUAACAGACACAUUUAUUGGAUAUUUAGUUGGAAAUACCUUAUGGUUGGUUGCAGUUGGCUACUACAUCUACGUAACUUUCCUAGGAUACAGUGCACUGCCGUUUCUGAAAAACACAGUGAUUCUUCUUUACCCGUUUGCACCUCUCAUCCUGCUCUAUGGACUGUCGCUAGCCCUGGGCUGGAACUUCACCCGCACGCUGUGCUCCUUCUACAAGUACAGAGUGAAGUGAAACCGGGAGCCUCUUACAUCUUAGGUGCGUCAGCAGUAUUGGUGAGGUGGUGAUUUCUUGUGAAACUUGUAAAUAAACUAUCAUUGUAGAUAUCUCAAAGGUGUAAAGUUUGCAAAUUUGAAGAAAUAUAUAUGCUAACACUGUUAUCUAGUACCUUCCUUAAAACUAAUUAAAUGUACAUUUCUAUAAUAAAUAUUUUUUAAACUAAGG